AUGGCCGAGACAUAUGUUUAUUACGUGGGAGACAAAGAUACAGGCUUUCACAGACGUUAUUGCUGGAUUAAAUUCUCAACUCCACAAGAUGUGCAGAAUGUGUUUCAGAAGGACUCCCACAUACUUGAAGGUGCCAAGCUCGCUCUCAAACAGCAGCCCCGUAGAAGACACAGUCAAAGAAGGAAUCAAAGUGAGUGA